CGGACUAGGAAGUGGAGCUUCUGUAUAGUUCUGUUUCUCAUUUCUUGGGGAGAGUGUCUGCGGGAAGGUCUGUGCUUUGGGCCGGCGUGGGUCGGGAUUUGCAGAUGAGAGGAGUCUGGCGCCGCCGCCCCUCUCACCUAAAUACCCGGGCCCCUGGGGUUGCAGGCAGGGGCGGGGCUUUGUGGCCAGAUUUGAGGAGGGGGGUCUACUGCGGUUUCCUCCCUCGAAGCCAUUCCCCAGAAUGAGCUUUUCCCGCCCGUCUGCCCUACCUCCUCCCCUCGUCUUGUUCCCAGGGGCCCCUGACCCAUUCUGGGUUUUUUUUUGUUUGUUUUUGUUUUUUUUGAGACGGAGUUUUGCUCUUGUCACCCCUGACCCAUUCUUUUUAUUCUUCUCUACAGCAUCCAUUCAUAUAUUCAUUCAGUCAGCUAAUUUUUAAUCCAGCACAUACUAUUGCAAGCGCUGUUUUAGGCGUUGAGAAUACGACAGUGAACAAGACGACAAAAAUUCCUGCCCUCACGGAGCCUAAAAGCCUACAUUUUAGCAGGGGUAGAACGACCAUAAACAGUGUAUAUAUCAAUAAGUCACUUAUGCACCAUAUUGGAAAGUGAUAAAGCGCUAUAGAGAAAAAGAAGAAUUCACGUAAAGCAAGGAGGCUGGCAUCAACUGGAGCCACUUCACAGCUUGUUUGAGAACUGGAUCUGACCAGUAGGAAGAAACCAGGACAGCAGUGGAAGACUGUUAAAGAAACCUGGGUAAAAAGAUGCAGGAGGUAAGAAGAGGAGGGUCUGUGAUAUAUCACAAGGAGGAAGAAGGAGAAGUUGUGCUGUCAGAUGAGAGUUCAGGACCACCAAGCCAGCUGCUUUGGACCCCCCAGGAUACCCAGCUCCCUCAGGAAAGAGCUGUAUUACCUGCCCAGUGUCCUGCCUUCACUAAAGAUGGAAGCCAAGGAAACCUGCUGCAAGCAGAUAUCACACUGAUGAGCCAGGCCCAAGUGAGCUGAGGCCCCUUUCCUCCUUCUGGAAAAUACAUCACUACCUCCAAAAUAUGGCCUUAUUUUCACUGCAUUCUCUGGCUGUGCAACUCCUAAAUCAGGGUUCUCCCUCUCAUAAGGAGCAUUUUGUUGCGUGAUAAACCACUUGUGGGUUGUUUUCUCUUUCAUUUUUUUUUUGCUAUCAAAACCCCAUGCUCCCUUUCAUCUCCUUUGUAAAUAUCCAACAAAAGGGUAGAGCCUUUCACAUCUAUAAACCUCCUCCUUGCAAAUUCCUUUCUUCUGCCUCUGUUUCCUGAGGAAACUAUGGUGUUUUCUCCAGGAUAACAGGAGCAUAUUAUUUCAGGAGUCAGUGACAUUCGAGGAUGUAGCUGUGAACUUCACUAACAGGGAGUGGCAGAGUCUGACCUACGCUCAAAGGCAUCUCUAUAAGCAUGUGAUGUUGGAAAAUUAUGGGAACAUGGUAUCACUUGGAUUUCCAUUUCCUAAACCUCCUUUAAUCUCUCAUCUGGAGCAAGGAGUAGAGCCCUGUGUGCAGGAUCCACAGGACAGGGAGUCCCUAAGCUGCUCCUACACAGUGUCAACUGGUAAGAUGUGGCCUGAGAAUGAAAAGGCAAGUUCACAACAACAGAUUUUUGAAAAUGAAGAAGCCUACUGGAUGAAAUCUAACAGUCUCCUAAAAGCUGAUUCCCAGGAUCCUGAGGUUAGAGAAGUUUGUGUUCAGGAAGUCAAAUUAGAGAAUCAAUGGAAAACACCUAUAAGAGAGAAACUGAGAGAAGAGAAAGAAGGCUCUGAGGAAGUAACCUGCAAAAAAAGAAAGAACCAGAAGGUGCUUAGAAAAAACCUGAAUCCAAACUCAAAAUACAGUCGAUGUAAUAGUAUAGCACAGAAACUCCAUGAAUGUGCCAGGUGUGGCAAAAACUUCAGUUGGCACUCAGAUCUAAUUCUCCAUGAGCAGAUUCAUUCUGCUGAGAAACCCCAUGUGUGUGAUGCGUGUGGGAAAGCAUUCAAGACCAGAAAUCAGCUUUCUGUGCACCAGAUAAUCCACACAGGGGAGAAGCCUUUUAACUGCACCCAGUGUGGGAAGGCUUUCAACAGUAGAUCAGCUCUUUGCCGACAUAAAAAAACCCACAGUGGGGAGAAGCCUCACGAGUGCAGGGACUGUGGGAAGGCCUUCAAGACCAGGAACUGUCUGUGUAUGCAUCAGCUCAUCCACACUGGAGAGAAGCCUUACGAGUGUAACUGCUGUGGGAAGGCCUUCCAGUUUAAGCAUUCCCUUACCAUCCAUGGCAGAAUCCACACUGGAGAGAAGCCAUAUGAAUGUGAGGAGUGCGGGAAGGCCUUCAGCGGGAGUUCAGACCUCACCAAACACGUAAGAAUCCACACUGGGGAACGACCUUAUGAGUGCAGCGAGUGUGGAAGGGCCUUCAGUCGGAGCUCAGACCUAAGCAAGCACAAACGAAUCCAUAUUAGGGAGAAACACUAUGGGUGCCCCCAGUGUGGAAAAGACUUCAGCAUCAAGGCAGAACUCACCAAACACAGAAGGAUGCACACUGAAGAGAAACGUUACAGGUGUGAGGAGUGUGGGAAAGCCUUUCGUCAUAACUGUAAGCGCCGGGCUCAUGAACGAGAGCACACCGGGGAGAAGCCCUAUCAAUGCGGAGAUUGUGGGAAAACCUUCCAAGACCGGCACUGCCUUACCAUCCAUCAGAGAAUCCACACUGGAGAGAAACCUUACAAAUGUUUAGAGUGUGGGAAAGCUUUCGGUGGGAAGUCAAACUUGACCAAUCACCAAAGAAUUCACACUGGAGAGAAGCGUCACAAAUGUGAGGUAUGCGGAAUGGCCUUCCAUCAUAGUUCAGUCCUGAGGCAACACAAAAGAAUCCACACUGGUGAGAAGCCAUACACCUGCAGUGAGUGUGGCACGUCCUUCCGUCAGGGCUCAGCUCUGAUUGGACAUAAGCGAGUUCAUACUGGAGAGAAACCUUAUGAAUGUAAGGAGUGUGGAAAAGCUUUUAGAGUGAGCUCAAAUCUUACUGGACAUAAGAAAAGAAAACAUCAAGUAUGGAGAACCCAUGAACUUGAUGGGAGUAGGAAAUCCCUCUCGCCAGUAACUGUUUCUCAGACCUCAGCAGUUAAUAUUUUGACCAGUGCCUGAGUAUAACAAUUCUGGUGUUACUUUUCUGUUUUUCCUACCUUGUAGGCUGGUCCUUCUGUCUCCUAUAUUAGUUAUUCCUGAUUUCCUGACCCUUAAUUGUGAGAUUCCCCAAAGACAUUGUUCUUUACCUUCUUAUUCAGUAUUUUUUCAGUGAGCACAUUUACUUCCAAGAGUUUAUCAAUCACUUCCUAAUAAUAAUAAACACUUAUUAGUGCUU